GGAAGUAGCGCCACACAAUUUGCUCGGCUCACGAGUGGCAUUAGCGUUAACUCUUUCUAUUCCACACAUUCCAUCCUCUCAACCGUCCAUCUCACUCAGGCAGCUGUUGUUGCCGUAGCGGUAAGCUCCACUUUCCCCUUCCUCUCACCAUUGACAUUAUCAAUUCCUUCACGCCACUGCAUGCAUGUACACUACCAAUUCACUUCCACAACCGAUAAACUAGUCGAUUUUGGUCGUUGGGUUUCUUGAUAAGCUCUGAAAUUGUCCACCCAUUUUGUCAAAUUUCGCUAUCUUUGCCUACUAGAUUGUUUGUUACGUUUAAAUUAUGGCUUCUGCAAUGCUCAAUGGAGCUGAAUGCCUCAAGCUCACUAGAGGAUUGGGUUUUUCUGGUUCCAAUCUCCAUGGGAGGAAUUUCCCUCAAUUAGGUUUAGUUUCCAGUUUUGGGUGUUCCAAGGCUGUUUCCAUGGCGCCUAAAUGCAGUCUUUCUGCUUCACGGCCUGCUUCUCAGCCUAGGUUUAUUCAACACAAGAAAGAGGCCUUUUGGUUUUAUAGGUUUCUCUCGAUUGUGUACGACCACAUCAUAAACCCCGGGCAUUGGACUGAGGAUAUGAGGGACGAAGCUCUUGAGCCUGCGGAUCUCAGCGAUAGAAAUAUGAUUGUGGUGGAUGUUGGUGGUGGCACUGGCUUUACCACUUUAGGGAUAGUGAAGCAUGUGGAUGCCAAAAAUGUGACCAUUCUUGACCAAUCGCCUCAUCAGCUUGCUAAGGCUAAGCAGAAAGAGCCAUUGAAAGACUGCAAAAUUAUUGAAGGGGAUGCUGAGGAUCUUCCAUUUCGUACUGAUUAUGCAGAUAGAUAUAUUUCUGCUGGAAGUAUUGAAUAUUGGCCAGAUCCACAACGUGGCAUCAAGGAAGCAUAUAGGGUCUUGAAACUUGGAGGAAAAGCGUGCAUAAUUGGUCCAGUGUACCCAACGUUUUGGUUGUCUCGCUUCUUUGCAGAUGUGUGGAUGCUUUUCCCAAAGGAAGAGGAGUAUAUUCAAUGGUUCACAAAUGCUGGAUUUAAGGACGUCCAAUUGAAAAGGAUUGGCCCAAAAUGGUAUCGAGGAGUUCGUCGCCACGGUCUGAUCAUGGGAUGUUCUGUGACUGGCGUGAAACCAUAUUCUGGUGACUCUCCUUUGCAGCUUGGUCCCAAGGAAGAGGACGUGUCGAAACCCGUAAAUCCAUUUGUGUUUCUGUAUCGCUUCCUUCUGGGAGCCUUGGCAGCUACAUACUAUGUGCUGGUUCCCAUAUACAUGUGGAUCAAAGAUCAGAUUGUUCCAAAAGGUCAACCAAUCUGAGCUGGGAAAAAGGGUUCAAGCUGAUAUUCUACUCUUGGAGAUGCAAUUUUAGUUUGCUAGUUGUAGCACUGUUUGUUUCUUACUACUUGUCCUUUCUAUUUUGAUAAUGAAUUGAAUACCCAUCAGAAUUGUGUAUGAUUUCUAUUCAAACUUUUGCAGGAAUCAGAAAUCUUCCAUAGAACCAAUCCUCCUUCCAAAA